AUGUCUGGAGACUAUGCCUUAUUUAUUAUCCUAGUUCCAAAUGAUCUUAUAGAAGAAACGGCAGUAGCACUUGUUAAUGCUGUCGAAGAUUUGAAAAAUGAUUUUGUUGAAAAAGAACAAUCUACUCCAAAACCUGGAGUUCUUCAAGUGUUACCCGCUCUACUCGGACCUGGCACUUUAACAUCUUCAACUUCACCCGAUUUACCGACAAUAACCAAUGCCACAUUUGACGAAACAAAUGACAGUGCUAAUGAGAGCUCCCAGAUGCCUCGUGAACGUUCCAUAUGUUGUAGUUUAAAGUCGUAUUUGGAAAGUGUAUUGGGUACCGAUGCGGUAUGGAUGAUUUCUGAUGAUAAGAAAACGUAUCAAAUAACAUUUUUUGCUGAAUUUGGUAUUGUUAGUGAUCGAAUGCUACAAGAAUUACGACGUAUUGAGAUUGGAGUACGAAGCGGUACAAAAAUAUUUAUUUUACCUACAAGUUGUGUGGUAGGUGCAGAAUCACCGAUGACAAUGAGUAAUCAGGAUGAACAACUUGAUGAUAGAUCAGCAUCGAAUGGUUUAAAAGGAGCGUUAAACGAAAACUUAACGUUAACAAGAAAAAUAAAACAUAAAAAAAAUGAAUCAGAUUUUAGAAAGAGUGUUCGGGCACGUCUAAUGGUACAUCAGGUUGUCGCAGCUAUACGGUUAUCAACCGCUCUUACAUUUGAUUUUGUUAUUCUUCUUAUAUUAGCCAGUAUGUUAGCCGCUUUAGGACUUUUAGAAAAUAGUACAGUAACUAUCGUUGCAAGUAUGCUUAUUUCGCCGUUAAUGAAUCCAAUUCUUGGUAUUGUAUUUGGUUUAUCCGUACGAGAACAUAGUCUAUGGAAAUGUGGAUUAAGAAAUGAAAUUAUUGGACUUCUAAUUUGUCUUUCAUGCGGAUUUUUAUUAGGAUUAUUUACAACAUUUUCCGAAACUAAUUGGGGUAGCUCAACAUCUUUUCCUACAUCAGAGAUGAGAUCAAGAGGUAAUAUUAGACGGUUAUGGAUUGGAGUUUUAAUAGCUCUUCCGUCAGGUGCAGGUGUAGCAUUAUCUGUUCUGGGAGGCAAUACUGGUUCUCUGGUGGGUGUUGCAAUCUCAGCAUCAUUACUUCCACCAGCUGUCAACUGUGGUCUACUAUUCGCCUAUGCUCUAUUAGGUAAAACAUUUUCAACUAUUGCAGCUUACUCAAAAGAUAUUGAUGAUAAUCAAUUUCAAUUAAACGGUGUUUUAAAUGCGCAGAGUUUCGUAAAAAACUGUACAAAAUAUGUAAACAAUGAUUAUCAUCCGUUAUACAGUUGUAACCUUGCUACAGAAGCGGCCAUCCUCGGUGUUAGUAGUUUUCUAUUGACAAUAGUCAAUAUUUUAUGUAUCAUCAUCAUGGCGUUGAUCAUAUUGCGAAUAAAGGAAGUUGCACCUUUGAAUCAAACAAAUGAUGAUAUUACUCAAUUUUUUCAUCAUGAUGUUCGUGUUGCAAGAGAUUACAAUAAAACUAUUCAUCAACAAGAGGACGCCGGUGAUAAAAAUUUAGCACAAACUAUUGUUAAUAAAUGGAAAACAUUCAAAUCAUCCUCGUCAACACAACAACAAAAUAAUACGACUAAACAUCCAGAUGAUUAUUCAUCCAACAGUAAUGAUCUCGUUUCGACGAUUAGCAAAAAUACAUCCGAAAAUAAUUUUAAUUAUUUCAUUCAAUGUCAUAAUUCAAAACGUAAAUUUAAUCGUCUACAAGCAUUUGCACGAGAGUACGACUUAGAUCUAUAUAAUCGAAAUGAUUAUGAAUUGACAAGUCCAGUUAGCCGUGAAAAGGUACAAAUAAUGGCACGUGAUCUAUUACAAUUACGUAAAGAAGCAGAACGAAUGGAUUUAAGUCGACUGAUACCACACCACGGUAUCAAUAAACAACAUCAAGAAGACAUAACAGCAUCCUAUCAUGACCUGAUUGGUAUAUUACCACCAAAAUGGAAUGAAAUAUUCUUGCGUGAACAACAACUGCAAACACAAUCGACAGGAUUAUCAUCCUUUCAUCGUUCCUAUUCAUUACAUGAAAAAAUGCCAUCAUUUCAAUCAAAUCAAACAUUAAAUCAUUCGUUUAAUGACCAUCAUUAUCAUCAACCUCAAAAUUCUCAACGUCCGUCUCUGCAACGAUUAACAUCAUUACCCCGAGAACCAGUACCUCCUACCGGGCAGGCUAAGCCGAAUGAAGCACCUAAAUCGACUCGAUUUCUUAUCACAAAAGCGAACGAUAUUUCUUCUAUUUAA